AGUUUAGAAUUGUUAUGUAAUAAGAAAAAAGUGACUCUAUUUACAAGUUUGAUUGACAGUAUUAUGAAUUUGGUACAGUGUCUUUGCGCCAUAUUAUCCAAAGGAUAGGGCAGAAGGCGCCCAAUUUUCCUCAUCCGAGGGAAAAUUUAUAAAAUAAAUCUAUAGACGUGUGGGUUGGCCGCACAGAACAUAUAUAAAGGUUUCCCGGUACGGAACGCUAGAAACAGAGAUUAUAAUUCUUCGGUAGAAAUCUACAAUUACGGCCAAAUGAGCGUCAGCACCAAAACUGAGCAGAGACUACUAUUGUCUUAUUGCUCCUUCACCUGCAUCUACCUUUCUGGAAUCCUGACGUUGGUGAAUUUUAAUGACAAUUUGUACAAUGUCGGCAAGUACAAAUUCCUACCCGUGCUGAUGAUAUUAACAUUCGCCGAGGUGAUAAAACUGUUGUUUCCUAUGCUGCAAGCGGAGGCACCUACUAUAAUCAAGAUCGAACAACGAGCCUAUCCAAAGGCCAAGACAUUCUGGGCAAAGAAUCUGAGAGAUAUCAUCAAGUUCUUGUUCAAUGCGUUUUGUCUGUCGAUAUUUUACUACUUAACAAUCGUGCUGUUCGGUGCACCUAUUUUAACUGAUCACGAGGAGACAACGAUGCUAGUCAUCACCCUGAUCACAUUGACUUACGUAUCCACCAGUUUGCAUCUGGGACAGGACCAUACAAUGGACAUCUUGACGGGGGUUUAUUCCCUGAAGAGCACUAUCCUCUCGAAUGCUUUAAAACUCAACAUACAGAUGACAAUAUUAGGCACUUGGCUAGGUGCUAUUGUUAUCCCUUUAGACUGGGAUCGUCCUUGGCAAACUUGGCCGAUUCCUUGUGUUAUAGGUGCAUUACUUGGCUACUUGAUCGGCCACUUUAUCACUCUCGUCAAGAUGCUUCCCUCACUGAAACUAUAUAGGAAAGUCCAUCGAUAAUUGUGGAUAUUUGUGAACAGAAAGAUGUUUCAAUUUCUCGAAUAAUAUCAUUUUAUUAAAUAAACGGUAUGCAUUGUCAUGUUGCAUUUUGAUGAAUGCUGUGUAUACUAGGCUAUAUAAAAGUAAUUUAGCAUAUUAAUAUAACUG